AUUUCUUCUCUUCAAUCGCCGUUCAAUCUCUUCUUCCCCAAAACCCUAACGCCGUAGCAGAAGCAGAGAACAAUGAAGUACAACCCACGCGUCAGCAGCUCCCGCCGCAAAUGCCGCAAGGCUCACUUCUCUGCUCCGUCGAGCGUCCGCCGUGUGCUAAUGAGCGCACCCCUCUCCACCGACCUCCGAUCCAAGUACAACGCCCGAUCAAUCCCCGUCAGGAAAGACGACGAGGUCCAGGUCGUUAGGGGCACCUACAAGGGCCGUGAAGGUAAGGUGGUUCAGGUCUACCGUCGGAAGUGGGUUAUCCACAUCGAGCGGAUUACUCGUGAGAAGGUUAAUGGGCAAACUGUUAACGUCGGGAUUAACCCAUCGAAGGUGGUUGUCACUAAGCUAAAGCUUGAUAAGGAUAGGAAGUCGUUGCUUGAUCGUAAGGCGAAGGGUCGUGCUGCUGAUAAAUCGAAAGGGAAGUUUACUGUUGACGAUGUUGCUGCAGGUGAAUCUCUCCAGGAAAUCGAUUAGGUUAUGUUUUCUUCUUUGUUAGCUUAUGAAAUUCCCCUUUUUGAUAUGUUGUUUUGAUAUGAGAACUAUUUCUGCGAGUUACUGUUAUGCAUUUUUGCGAAUUAAACAGUUUGUUGCUUAGAUUUCUGGUUUUUAUGAAUUUGAUAUUGUUUUGUGGUUA